CUCAGGAAAAGGGGAGAGGGGAGAACCGAAAAGGAAAAUAAGCAGCCUCGGAACUGAACGUACUUUGUGAAUUGUGGAACAGAGCUUUCCUUUCGAAUUCGUGGCAGCGCGCUCGCGGGGGAGGGGGGGCAACUCAGUCGCCCCACCCAGAUUUUGGCUUCUCUGUUUCCCCCUCCCCGUCUACAGGGCGGGACCCAGCGCGGUAUGGCAGCGGUCGAUUGGCCGAGGCGCAGGGGGGCAAUGAUCUGUUGGGAGGAGGGGAAUGGCCGUCGGAUUGGGGUCCCACCUGGGCAGGCUCCGCGUCGCGCGCACUUGUCGCCCCGGCCGAAAGAGCGGCGCCAGGCAGCUGGAGGGAGGUGAGUACCCCGCGCGGACGGAGGCGCGGCGGGACGAGCUACGAGCUGGUCGCCUGAAGCCCCUCCUCUCCCAAAAUGCGGAUUGGGAGGGGGGAAUUGCUUUGAGCAAAAGGCUUCGGUGGCUUGUCAAGUCAACCCGACCGCCAGCUGGCUUGCUACUUCGCAAAGGGCAGGAGGAGCGUCGGCUUUGCGAGGAAGGAAGCUGUGUGGGUGCUACUGAAACUCAAUGGAGGACUUCACCCGCCUGGGCUACUGCAUUGUGGCUGGCAGCUUCGUAGCGUUCCAGUUCUCCUUCUCAGCCCUCAGCCCCCAGCUGUCCUUGUCGCUGAGCCCCAGCUACUCCAGCCUUCCUUCAGUCAAGCAGAGUGAAUGGAAUUCCAGAUGUGUGUCUACUCUCCAUGCAGUGAUAGUUGGCCUCUUCUGCCUCUACAUCCUUUGGUUUGAUGAUGCUGUAAAUGCCAACCCCAUCUGGGGAGAUCCUUGGUUGGUCAAACUGAAUGUAGCUGUCACCUGUGGCUACUUGCUCUAUGAUCUGUUGCUGCUACUGCGCUACUGGAAGACGUUGGGGGAUUCUCUUUUCGUCUGCCACCACUUGGCGGCGCUAUACGCUUAUGGAUAUGUCUUGAGCCGUGGGGUGCUUCCCUAUUUUGCCAACUUCCGUCUCCUUUCGGAACUCUCCACACCCUUUGUGAAUCUGCGGUGGUUCCUUGAUGCAGCUGGCUGGCCACGUACUUCAAGGCUUGUUUUGGCCAAUGGCUUGGUCAUGAUGGUGGUGUUCUUUCUGGUGCGCAUUGCUGUCAUCCCCAGCUAUUAUAUGCAGGUGUGCUCUUGGUACGGAACUCCUGAAUAUGAGCAUCUGGGCUUGGGUGUUCAGCUGGCCUGGAUUGGGCCAAGCAUUGCUUUGGAAAUGCUCAAUUUGGUCUGGAUGUACCGCAUCAUCCGUGGCUUCUGCCGAGCAUUCUGCUGGCCGAAGACCUACAAGGCGGCAUGAAGAUAGAAAAGUGGUGGGACUUGACCUGGAACACCAAGUUCUGCUGGACAAAGCUGGAUUUCCUCUUCCAAUUCCCUUAGAAGCCAGUAGCCCUGGGAACAGCUCCUGACUAUGUCCUUGGAGAAAGAACUCUAGAUUCAUAAAAUGGGAGCAUUUAGUUUUCCAUACCAUCAAAGAAAGGUCUUGGCCAAAUUGACCAGAAUCAGCAGUUUGGUUCUGGAGAAUGACCCUCGUCCAUCUUCUAGUGAUGGAGCUAUAGAAACACCUCACAGGGCUGGAGAUAGGCAGUUUUAAAAUGGGGGCAUACUGGCCUAGGGAUUCCUUUGGCACAUAUGGGAAUGCUUGAGUGGUACAGCUGUCCGCAGUUUCCUCGUUUGGGGGACUCUGCUGACACCACACAGGGCUUUUGAAUGGAAAUUCAUGUAGCUUCAGGUAGCUAAACAGGUGGCAUUUCUAAUACUUCAGGAAUUUUAUCCCUUUCAACUGUCAGUCUGUCCAUGAUGACGAUCAGGUACUGCUGCCACCUAGGAAGAAAAGUCUGCCUCUGGGGGAAGAAGAGGUGGGAAAUAUAUCGGGAAGUUGUGUUCCUUUGACUGCCAGUUUGCUAGGGGCUUCUGGGCCAUGUUUAGCAGUAAAGUGGAAGGAAAAGACUGAAAGAAAGUGGGAGGGAUGAGGGAAGAAAUAGUGCCCAGUUAUGACUGCAAACAGUGGGAUUACCAUGACCCAGUGGCAGGAUUUCAGGACCUUGGCCAGGAGGACAGCAGUACUGUAAAUAGCAUCCUUGUUCUACUAAAUCAAUUGAAACUUGGCAUUCCAUUGAAGAACUUGCUUAUACAAGAGCCGUUAAACUUCUAAAGGCAUGAAAACAACAGUUUUAACAAAGUUAGAAGCAAGGCACACUUGCCUCUGCUCAGUGGUUAUCAUAACGCAAAACUAAAGUGACAGCUGGUGCCUCUGGAAGUGCCAGGAAUACAGUUCCCAAAAUUCCCAUCCACUAUGACUGUACCCCCUUUUCACUCUGGUUUCAUCCCUCCUUGUGGUUGCAGUUCUUAUGUAGGACAAUCACAUCUUCCCAGCUAUAGUUUACAGUGAAAGUUUCUUCACUUCCAAAUGUAUGCAUCAGUUGUAACUGUGAAUGCAGCCAUGUGGAAAGGUAUACAGUAGGUAUUACCACACUAGGCAGUUUCCUGAACUUGUUGUUUUAUUUCAUUGUUCUCUAGCUGGUGCAAGAUUCCCCCUCCCCUAGAGCAGUGCUUCUUGCUUUCCCCUCCAUGUUUCUAUGCCCUUUCUCCUUCUGUUAUAAUAUAGUUGCUUUUCAUCCUGAUACAUGAAAAGACAGCCACCAAUACAGAGACAGGAUACCAUGAUGUUGGCUUUGUAUUGGAUUUGGCAAAAGUGUAAUGGUAAGAUAUGGCAUAUUUUAGUAAUAGAAUUCAAUGAUCAAUUUUGAAAUCUGUGAAUUCCAAUAAAUGUCAGGGACAGGGGACUUGUUGGAAUUUAGGUAGCAUCAACAUGAGCCUAGAAGAUCACCAGCAUUGUAGAAAAUUCCACAAACCUACUAAUGCCUCAUGUGCUGUUGCAGAACAUCAUAUUCCACUGGUGUGCAAAGGAUAUGCUCAUGUGUUGCAUGGAUAGCCAUUACUAGUUUUUGAGAAAGAUAGGUCUUGUCUAGCUAAAGUCAUCCUUAAUAUCAACAGCAUUUAAAGAAAAGGUACACUGUUCUGUAAUAGGUGGUAGGAA